AUGAAAUGGAGAAUUGUUGCCUCUACCAAUGACAAUUCUAGUAUUCCACUUGAUUGGCAUCCUCUUCCACCAAAGAAUGUGAAAUACAUGCUUGGUACUGGAACUACCUAUUAUGAUUGGUCUCAAAAAGCCAUGUUAGAAGUUUAUGAUGAUUAUUGUGUUCCAAUCUUUGGUCCACUCACAGACAAGAUCAAUCAAUUCAGAUGUAAUUUCCUUAAUGUUAAUUUGACAAGUUAUCUCAUUAGUUUGGAUCCAUCUCCAUUUCCAAAAUGUUGUGUGUUUGGUGAACAAGUUUUCCAUCCUCCAGAACCAACCUUUUUGAACAACAUGUUCUACAAUUCAAGUGCUGCACUUUUUGGUAAGCCAGUGGAUUGGUGGGUUUUGGAUACUGAUCAGAAUGAUCCUGCAGAACCUUUCGGAUAUGGUUUCUAUCCAAAAGAUCAAGUUAGUGGCUAUCAAACACCUGCUGCUUUUUGGUUUAGAACUGUUGAUGGAUUUUCUAUUCAAUAUUUCAAAGAUUUUGAAGUGAAAAAGCCAGAUCCAUCUGUUUGGAAAUUACCUUCAUAUUGUGUCAAUGCUCCAUCGUGUGGAUAUUUGUAA